CCCACCCCUUUUAGUUGUCUACCCACCAUUACUUUUCCCAUUACAAACUAAAUUCUUAUUCAUACUAAUCUUAUCCAAUACACCUCAUCUUCCUUCAUCACACCAUAUAUAUACCACUCCCUCUUCCCCCACUAGUCCAACAAAUAACAACAAUCCAAAAACUCGAUCAAAUUUUGCAUUCUUUAAAAACUCAGGGUAUCUGGUGAAUUAUUCCCUAGGUCGAUAUGGGGCAUAAUCUAUUACAAGCACUAAAUGUACGAGUUGAAGGAACAGGUGAGAAGUACUUGGUAUUAGCACAUGGGUUCGGAACGGACCAAUCCGCAUGGCAAAGAAUUCUACCCUAUUUUACACCUUACUACCGUGUGAUACUCUAUGACUUAGCUUGUGCGGGUAGUGUUAACCCCGACUUGUUCGACUUUUGUCGAUACACCACGCUUGACGCGUACGUCGAUGACUUGCUCGACAUAUUGGAUGCGCUUGGUGUUACCCGUUGCGCUUAUGUUGGUCAUUCGGUUUCGGCUAUGAUCGGUAUUCUUGCUUCCAUACGUCGUCGUGACCUUUUUUCUAAGCUCAUUCUUAUUGGUGCUUCUCCUAGGUUCUUGAACGACCACGAUUAUCACGGCGGAUUCGAGGAAGGCGAGAUAGAGACUGUGUUCUCGGCAAUGGAGGCAAAUUACACAGCGUGGGUGAACGGGUUCGCACCACUAGCCGUAGGAGCGGACGUGCCAACAGCCGUGUGCGAGUUUAGUAGGACACUAUUCAACAUGAGGCCAGAUAUAUCCCUAUUUGUUUGUAGGACAGUCUUUAAUAGUGAUUUUAGAGGUGUUUUAGGACUAGUGGAAGUCCCUUGUUACAUCAUCCAAACAGCUAAAGAUAUGUCAGUACCAGCAUCCGUAGCAACCUACAUGAAAAACCAUCUUGGUGGUAAAAGUACUGUCCUAAUGCUUAAUACCGAAGGUCAUUUGCCUCACCUUAGCGCCCCAGCCCUUUUGGCUCAAUCCCUUCGACGAGCCCUUGCGCAAUGAGAUCGAUUUAUUCGAUAUAUUGGGACAAUUCUUUGUUGAUUGAUUAAUCUUUUACGAGUUUUAUUUGGGUUUUCUUGUACGGAGAAAAGAACGUACGUACAUACAUUCAUAUAUAAGUACAUGUAUCAUGUAUGUAUGUGUAUGGAUAAAUUGUUAUACAACGCAAUUUUUUUUGGGUAGAUUGAGGAACUAGUAUAUUCAAUAUACAACAUUGUUAAAGAGAUUGAAUUUAGUGAGCAUUUUGUAAUACUAGUGCUUGAUAAUUUCGAUAUUUGAAAUAAGUAAAAGCGUGUUCUAUUUAAGUAUUGAA